AAAGCCGGAAAUCGGAACUACAAUGACGUCAUCACUGUAAAGUUUUCCACCUUUCGGCGGGUGAUUUGGGAGACUUAAAAGAACGUAAACUAGUCGUAGGCAUUGUAGCUUUACCAAUACUACAGAUACAAGUCUCAGUUCUUUAGACUUUGUAUGUAGCAUUAAACGUUCAAAUAUGUUAAAAGGGCGCGUUACUACGCUAUGCUAACGCGCUGCUAGCUUAAUAGAGUGUGACGUCGCUAGCAUGUCGCUCAGCCUGAGCGCCGUCCAUGGCACACUGGUCAGCCUCAAGUCCUGUCAGGCCGAUCUCUCGACUGGGAUGGACAUCGUCACGUCAGUGGCCAUGGACCUGACAGAGGACCAGGAUGAAGGGAGGAACCCCGGCAUUGACGAGAUGAAGGAGCUCCUGUUGGAAUGUGCCAAGCUGGAUCGAGAGAUUGACUGCUUUGUUGACAUUGUGCAACAAUCCACAGCGGAUAUUACUGCACAGCAACCAGAAACUAUGUUUGGUCUCUCCUCCAAAGUGAAGGAACGCUUUAGUGAGAGAAAAGCCAGGCUGUCUGAGAGAGAUCUGCAGAAUCACAGAAAAGUGGUGGCUUUUAAGGACAGCAUCAAUAGCUGUUUCGACCAAGAUAUCCAAGAACCAGAAAACAUGGAGGAGCUUGAUGAGGAUAUUGCUGUAACACAGACCCAAGCAAACUUUACCUGCCCUCUCACCCAGGAGCACAUGAUCAACCCGGUGAAGAAUAAGAUUUGCAACCACCACUAUGAAGAAACUGCCAUCAGGAGCCUCAUUGAAACAAGAAAAAAAAAUAAGAAGAGAUGUUUCUGCCCUGUAGUGGGCUGUGGAAACAUGGAGGUGACUCUGUCAGACCUGGUACCUGACCACACCCUGAAGAGACAGAUCCAGAAGGAGCAGAGGCAGGGUGACCGCACAUAGGACUCAGCCCUUUCAUCCAAAACACUCAUCUUAAAACAGCAAGCCUUUAUCUCUUGUUAUUGUUCUUCAGAAAAUGCACCCACGUUGAGCAAUAUUUGUUUGUGUUGGGUUGUAAUAUUGCUUUUUUCCCCUUUUUGAUUUGUCUGUAAGAAAAUGUUUUGUAUUUCGCCACAACUAUUUGGUGUUCUUCACUCUUUCUGAAUUAUAAUUAAAACUAUUGUUUUUAG